UUCAAGCCGGCUUGCCAUGGUCUCUCGUGUAUGGGCGAAAAUAUGCCGUCCUAAUCUGUUCAAUAUUGUCCUUGUAAGAACUACGACUCAGCUACGCCGCUUACAGGUCAUUUUUAAAGCUGCGGAUCCGGUGCACUCUCCACCAAUCGUGGUCAUAGGUGCCGAGAGAGCUCCACUGCACUCUGUCCAGGUUCCGAGUCUUGCGCUAGCCCUCUCAUCACUAGGUCGAAACUUACAACAGGUCGAAAGUCUUGAGUGGGCCAAACCUCGAUCUCUGGCAGAUCGUGUUCAAGAAGCCCCGCCACGUUUCGAGACCGCAGUCUCAGCGCUCCUGCGUCCACUCCGACGUCUAGAUAGUUUGCAGAUAAGUCACGUCGAAUUCAAGUCGCUCAGACAACUUCUUUGUAUCAUUCGCGCACAUCCUCAGAUUGCCCAUAUUGAUCUCACGUGUAUCUCCGUCCUGCAAGGCUUCGAACGCUCUUACUGGCCACCAUCGGUCGUUCUGAACGAGCUGAAUAUUUUCACGAUGGUGGACUGUCGCAUCCCGGUUCGUACGUUACCUACGUUCUUAUCGCUCGCGUUCCGAGGCAGGCUGGAUUCUUCAACAACGUCGCGAGGCCUCAGAACGUUCGGUGACGCUAUAUUUGACCCUGACCCUGACGACUUGAAUGCCCUCGGGGAGAUCGCCCGGGUUAUUAUAGAACUGCAUGCCCUGAUGAGCGAUGCCAACGAUCGAGGACAGUGUACUAUCUGGCUGGAUAAACCCUCGCCCGAAAACAAAGGGUGCCUGUUAAAAGUCAAACUUUCGGACUACACCAUCGAGAUAUUCAUGGACAGAGAUGGAGAGGCUACGAUAUCAAACUUCUACGACCUCGACCGCGUUGUCGUCUCAUUCAAACGGGGCUACAGCAAAUCUGCGGAGGAACUUGCACAAACGCUAGCCUUUUUAGACCAUUCUCUCUGUGCAUUAUCUUCCCCCGCCGAUUCCCCCCACACAUUCGACUGCCAUGUAUCCCUGGAGACAAAGCUCUACCAGGCCAUCAAUGCAACAUUCCCAGACGUCAAGCCGUUUCUCUCCGCAGAAGAGAGGAUAGAGUUGAUGGAUUUGGACUCUGGCACGGCCGACUCUAAUUCGAAUGCGGGCUUCGACUCCGAAGGGGUAGACUUCAACUUUGAGCACUGAGACGGCCAGUAAGUCACAUACUCCUA